AUGAUCAUGCUCAUGAGCAUGCAAAAGGAAAUGGACCGGCAAGUCGAGCAUAUUCUCAACUUCAAGGGCUCAAUCAAAGGGAGAAGAGUGAUCAACUGGAACAGGGUGUCCGGAGCAAAGCUACUGCACAAUGAUUACUUUGCUCCCACACAUGCUUUCCCAGAAGAUCCAUGGUUUUGUCGCCGUUUUCGCAUGCGGAAACCAUUGUUUUUGCGCAUUGUGGAGGGAGUGGAGGCACAUGACGACUACUUCAAGCUGAGUAGGGAUUGUUGCGGCCAACUCUGUUUCUCGGCCAAGCAGAAGUGCAUGGCUGCUCUUAGGAUGCUUGCACUUGGUAUUGUUGUAGACGCUGUUGGUGAGAUGGUCAGGAUGGGGGAGAGCACGUGCCUGAAGACUACAGUCAAAUUUGCUCGCGCCGUGGUUGAGGUGUUUGGACCGGAGUAUCUCAGAGAGUCAAAUGCGCAGCACACAGAGCAGUUAUUGGCUAUUGGAGAGGCAAGGGGGUUUCCUGGAAUGCUCGGAUCAAUUGAUUGCAUGCAUUGGCAAUGGAAAAACUGCCCCAAAGGUCUGCGGGGAAUGUAUCAAGGUCACACUAGAGAGGCCACCAUCAUACUAGAAGUGGUGGCAUCACAUGACUUAUGGAUUUGGCAUGCUUUCUUUGGAAUGCUCAGUUCUCACAACGACAUCAACGUGCUUAAACGAUCUCCGGUGUUCAGGAGGCUUUGCAAUGGGGAAUUACCGUCGUGCAACUACAGGACUACAACAUGGGGUACUAUCUUGCCGAUGGUAUCUAUCCUCAGUGGGCGGCGUUUGUGA